AUCUACUGUAUUCCCGAAAUAUUUUUAUACCGGCAAAUUGCCUCCCUCUAAACGUAUUUUAAUUUUCAAAGAAAUACACCUUAAUUCCUCGCUUAAAAUAAUCAUUUCAGUAAAUUUUUUUUUUUCCAAUUUUACAGCUUUAACGGUGACAAUAAAUAUAUUGUAUUACUUUAUUUUUAAUAUAAAAGUAAAGUGAAAUCAAAAUAAGACAUUUGAAAACAGUAUUUAUGAUUUGAAAAACGUAUCUUAAAAAUUAUGACGUGUAUAAUAUACACCAAUUAAAGAGAAGAGGGAAAAAAAUGUGAUCAAAAGUAUGUUGUUUAUCGCUUCUGAGGUCAACGAACAGCUGUUUUACUUCUCGAGAAGUAACUGUUGAGAGUAAAUUCACGAUGAAUCGAGAUUCGUGGAGAGGAAGCAAAGAUUGGGAAAAUGAAAGUUUACCCUUAUCUACUGGAAGUGAUCACGCCUGCAAACUUUAUGAUGCAGCAAUUACACAGUAUACUGGCUGGUAUGAGGAUAGCCUUUUUGGUGGAUUACAGAAGACAAUUGAAAGUAUAAAAGCCACAGACCCAAAUUUUGUUAUGGGUCAUGUAUUGUCUGUCGGCUUGGAUUUGAUUGGAACUGGUCGUUCAAAAAGAUUAGACAAAUUAUUCCAGAAAGAAAUAGAUGAUUUAUGCUCCCUCUCUCAAUCACAAAAGUUUCUUACAAAUAGAGAAAAGAAACAUGUGGAAGCUGUUAAAUUAUGGUCUGAAGGACUAUUAGAUGAAGCUACUGUUGUUUGGGAAGAUAUAUUAUUACAUCACCCAGAAGAUAUUUUAGCUUUAAAAUUAGCUCAUGAUACAUAUUUUUAUCAAGGAAAAUCUACACAGAUAAGAGAUUCAGUUGCUAGAGUUAUGCCUUAUUGGAAGAUUCAUAAUCCUCUUUACAGUUAUUUAUAUGGAAUGUAUGCAUUUGGUUUAGAAGAAACCAAUCUAUAUCGAAAAGCAGAAACAAUGGCAAUAACGGGUUUAGAAAUGAAUUCCAAAGAUGCAUGGGCAACUCAUGCUUUGGCCCACGUUUAUGAAAUGGAAGGAAGAGUUGCAGAUGGUAUCAAUUUAUUUAGUUCUACUGAAUCAGAUUGGGUGUCUUGUGGAAUGUUGGCCACUCACAAUUUUUGGCAUUGGUGUCUUUGUUAUAUUGAAAAGGGUGAAUAUGAGGCAGCUUUUGAUAUUUUUGAUAGAGAAAUGAGCAAAAGAAUGCAAUCAGGAGCCAUGCUAGAUAUUGUUGAUGUCACAUCACUUUUAUAUAGAUUGGAACUUGAAGGAUGUAACGUAAAAGAUCGUUGGAACGAAGUUCAUAAUAUAUGUGCUCCUCAUAUUGAAGAUCAUAUUUUAGCCUUCAAUGAUAUUCAUCUUUUAAUGUCUUGUCUGGGAGGAAAGCAGGAAGAAAGCCUACAAAAGCUUUUGGGUACCAUGGAAUUAGGAAGGAGCAAUAAAUUUUACAAUAACACUUGGAAUAUACAAGAGAAAUUAUGCAAGGCUUUUGUUGCAUAUAAUGAUGGAGAUUAUGAAACAACCGUUAAUCUAUUACAUCCAAUAAGAUAUGAAAUCUUCAAAAUUGGUGGAAGUCACGCACAGCGAGAUGUACUUAACUUGUUAUUGAUUUCUGCUGCUAUUAAAUCACCAUUAACUGCUCAUCAUAAAAUUGCAAGAAAUUUAUUAAUUGAACGAAAGGCAUUGAAAGAAAACUCCCCAAUGACGGAACGUCUUAUUGCAAAAGCACUGGCUUGUCAUGCUGAUUAGCCAUAUAUUUUUAUGGUCUUUUCUCUGCAAUUUUUAUAUAUUGUUAUAAUAUUGAUAGUAUAUCAAGAAAUUGUUUUUCUUAUAAGAAAUAUUAAAUUCUAUUUUUAUAUAAU